AUGGGUAUAGAUGAUUCAUUCCGCAUCAACCCCCAAAAUCAAGAGUACCAAGAUUUUCUACGUAACCCGGAUGCAUGCUUUUGUAUGCAGAUUUCCGGUCUCACUACCUUCAACCCGAGCCGACAGCAUGCCAAGCACAUUGUUCACCCCUGCUGGCAAAUUGCUCAUCGAGUUCUCAUGACAAGCAUCUUCGGGCGACUCGAGCUCGGUCAAAUCAAUAGAUGUGAGCUAUUUUUCCUCCGAAGCAUGAGGCGUGCACUCCCCUUCAGUUUUUCAGGCUUCUUUUUAGACAAAUGCGACUCCAUACGCCAGCGUUCCACAGGGGAAAAUUUCAUCGGGGGACUUAUCACGAUCAUAGGUCGAGCCAUCGGCCUAGACUUCACGGAUCCUAAGUACAUACCUGUCGACACCCCACCGAACUUCCUGCUAGAUUGUGACGCCCUCAUCCGGAUGGAGAUGUUGCUUGAUCGGGGAACCCGCACGUACCGUUGGUUAGACUCUAACAAAGCCUUGGUUUACAUCCUGCCAAGUUGGAUCGGUUCUUCAUUCGAUACAGGCGACCCCGACACUUGGCUUCCUCCAGAUCAGUUGACCCAAGCAGGUGUAUUCCCGGAAUUCGGUGAUGAUGAGGGUGACGACGCUUAG